UCCAACGAGCAGUAAUGUCUGAUGCUGCCAUGUAUUUGAGUCGUCCUGUAGUCCGUCCGACUCCAGUUGUGAGUCUAUAGAUACUCUACCAACCUCAGCUUGUAGGUUUAGAAGUAGGUUAGAACAGAGAAAUUCUCCCGGGAGACCAAACCCACGCAUGAUGGGUUACUGGCUUCGCUCAAAGCAAAGAUCACAUUUCCCUACAAAAAGAGGCCACUUUGUUUCUUAUUACUCUAUUGAAAUUAUUUGACUACAUUUAAAAUGUUGCAUUGCAUGACGAUAGGUCCGAGCCCGCCGCCCCCUGCGCCUCAGAGCUGCUAGAUCCUGCACAGAUCCACUAUGGCUGCAGGAAAAAAAGGAAAAGCUUUGACAACAUGGCGCACUUUCCUGGAGGAGAAAGUUUCUUCUAAACUCUAGACAACCGCAAUCCGGGAUUUUUUUUCUGUCGUUCGUCGCAGCGCAGAGCUCAACGUGCAGCCGUGGGAGGAAUUGGCCUCGUUUGGAGAUGUAACGAGUCCUUCAUGGACAGUUUCUGAUCCUCGACAAACUUUGAAGGGAUGAGAGCGACCCGCUGCUCAAGCCACAGCUUUCACACAGGAUGGAGAAGCAAGCGACACUCAGAGAAAAGCUCUCGAUCUUGGGAGGCUCCCGGACUUCAGGGCGGUUCGCCCGUACCGCCCGGGCCGCGGCAGGGAGCGAGGGUGGCGCACGUGGGCUCAGCAAAGCCGGGUUCAUGGAGAAGGUGCAGCGGAGCAACGAGGCGUGUCAGCGCGGCGACUUCCAGGCCGCCGUGGGGCUGUACGGCGAGGCCCUGCUGGCGGACCCGCAGAACUGCAUCCUGUACAGCAACCGCUCGGCCGCCCUGCUGAAGCUGGGCCAGCACCACGCCGCCCUGGAGGACGCCGAGAAGGCCUGCCUGCUGAACCCCAAGUGGCCCAAGGUAAGAGGGGAACCCCACCCGUGUUACCACGGAGUGCAUGGCAGCGGCGCAUAAUAAGCUAGCAGCAACGGCAGCCUUAAGGGUAGGACCAUGGACCUAUUGAAGAAAGGACAGCGGAUUAAGAAAUGGGGCCCAUUCAUUCCUAUGAAAACUGCUCAUUGGCGCAGGGCAACGUUAAGGAGAGAUUAGCUUCUGCAUCAGGGGAGCCAGCAACGGCCUAGUAGUGCCCGACGCGCCGGGUGCAAAAAUAUUGUCGUUGUCUAGCAUUGUUAGCAUUGUAGCAUCAUAAGCGAGAGGUCUGUCUACACAUCCCUCGGCGACUUUAAGUGAUAAAAAGUCCUCACAGUGCCUAAAUACCAUCAACCAUCAUGUUAAGUAAAAGGAAAAACCUCGGACACGAGAAGUUAACGGAGCCGUGCACUGACCCCUCUCGGAUGCCGGGCCGAACCAACAAUUGUUUCACUUCGACUCCUUUCAGCUGCCCACCCCUCCUUCUCCUGCAAAAAAAUGAUAAUUAUAACGGCUAAUAAAAUGCUUGAGGUGGCGUUUUGAAAAGAGAAAAUGUACAUUUUAUUAGUACA